AUGAUUCAGUUACCAAAAAUUGAGCCAGAUUCAAAGACCACAAGCCACUUAUGCAAAUGCCGUCCAAUUUGCAAGAGCCGAAGAAGGGAGUGGAAGGGAGAAGUUCAGAACACAUCAGCGGAACUUUUGUUGGACAGAAAGCCACUGCAAGAGUGCUUUAGGAGGUGGCCUACAAAAGUAUACCCCAACAGCCCUUGUCCAUUGUUCGCUCGGACCCGCCGAGUGACCGUUAAGGUGAAGGGGUCCAUCCAGCCUCCAGACGUGGUGCGGGUGUGCCAGGCGCCCAUAGAUGACCAGGUUCCCACCACCUACUUGAAGUAUGCCCAGUUGGCUAAAAGACUAGGAGCGUGGGACGCGGUGAAAGCCUGCUGCCCGUUCUGUGUGUGUACUGGGUGUUGUACUUGCACAACUCACGAUUACGAUAUAUCGGACGAGCCGGGUACGACACGACGACACGACAUGCGACUGUUUGAUACGCGCGUGAAAAACGACUACCAAGAUAUGAAGAUUAUGUACAAUUGA